GAACCUUCCUUGAGAAGGAGUUUCUUUCUGCCAUCACUAAUGGGAGAAAGGUAGACCUCGAAGAAAUUCGAGAACCACAAGAAGAAGUCCCGAUAGUGUUGGAACCUGAGCAAAGAGAUCAAGCAAUUGAACCUCAAAUUGCUCAAGAUAUACCACGUAGGUCAGACCGGAUACGUAAUCCUCCGGUCAGAUAUGGAUUUCUCAUGUCUGAUGAAGGGGAUACUAGUUAUGUCCUUGGCAUAAGAAUCUACCGAGAUAGAUCAAGAAAGUUAAUAGGUCUGAAUCAAAGUACAUAUAUAGAUAAAAUCCUUGAUCGAUUUAGCAUGUCUAACUCAAAGAAAGGAUCUUUACCUAUGACACCUGGCACGGUUCUUUCCAAGAACCAGAGUCCUUCUACUCCUGAGCAGAAGGAACUCAUGAUGAAGGUUCCAUACGCCUCUGCGAUUGGAUCCAUCAUGUAUGCCAUGAUAUGUACUAGACCUGAUGUCUCAUUCGCUUUAAGCGUGACUAGCAGAUACCAGGGAAGUCCAGGAGAAGCGCACUGGACAGCGGUCAAGAACAUCCUCAAGUAUCUUCGCAAUACUAAGGAUGCAUUCCUGGUAUACGGUGGUGAGGAAGAGCUAAAGGUGGUCGGUUACACUGAUGCUAGCUUCCAAACCGACAGAGACGAUUCAAAAUCACAAGCAGGAUAUUUGUUUUGUCUGAAUGGCGGAGCUUUUAGUUGGAAGAGCUUUAAGGAGGAUACAACCGCCGAUUCGACUAUAGAGGCUGAGUACAUAGCUGCCGCCGAGGCAGCUAAAGAAGCUGUUUGGAUCAAGAAGUUCAUUACUGAACUUGGAGUGAUUCCUAGUAUUAAUGACCCUAUCUCGUUGUUUUGCGACAACACUGGGGCCAUUACACAGGCAAAUGAACCGUGAUCUCACCAGAAAACACAACACAUUAAAUACUUUCUAUUGAAAUAUACAAGAUUAUUAUUAUCCCAAUUUUAAUCUUUAUAUUUUAUACUACUAUAAUCUUUACUAGCAUAAAGAUUGUGGUAGACUCCGGCGUUGUUCGUGUGUCAAAGUUGGAGACCGGACGCUUGAACGGUUACGUUUGCACUUUCAACGCUCUUCCUACGACCUCUUCGUUUUUACCGCUUGCGGAGAAAGGUAUAAAUUUCUUACUCACUA